CCUCGCGCACGUCGUGUCUCCGGCUUUUCCUUCCAGCCGCGCUGCGCCGCCACCUUCUCUGCGUGCUCUCUCGGCCGGCCCCUCCAGGCUCCGCCCCUUUGCGGCCGGCAGCCGCCAAAGCCCGGAGAGCGGAUCGCAGGCGCGGAGUCGGGGCGCUGUGCCGGGCGGCGCAGGGCGCAGGCGCGUGCGGCCGGGCUCCCGACGCGCGCGGCGCUCGGUUGGAGCGGGAGAGUUCCUGGGUGAGGAGGAGACCGGGCGGCGGGCGUUCAGGCCAGCGAGCACCUGCCCUCUCUGUGUCGGCCAUGGCAGCUCUGCGCUACGCGGGCCUGGACGACACGGACAGCGAGGACGAGCUGCCCCCGGGCUGGGAGGAGAGAACCACCAAGGACGGCUGGGUGUACUAUGCCAAUCACACUGAGGAGAAGACUCAGUGGGAACAUCCGAAAACUGGAAAAAGAAAGCGAGUAGCAGGAGAUCUGCCGUACGGAUGGGAGCAGGAAACGGAUGAGAAUGGACAAGUGUUUUUCGUUGACCAUAUAAAUAAAAGAACCACCUACUUGGACCCAAGACUGGCCUUUACUGUGGAUGACAAUCCAAUGAAGCCAACCACCAGACAGAGAUACGAUGGCAGCACCACCGCCAUGGAAAUCCUCCAGGGCCGAGACUUCUCCGGCAAAGUGGUUGUAGUAACGGGAGCUAACUCAGGAAUAGGGUUUGAAACUGCCAAGUCUUUUGCCCUCCAUGGUGCCCACGUGAUCCUGGCCUGUAGGAAUAUGGCAAGAGCCAGUGAGGCGGUGUCACGCAUUUUAGAAGAAUGGCACAAAGCCAAGGUAGAAGCAAUGACCCUGGACCUCGCUCAGCUCCGUAGUGUGCAGCAUUUUGCUGAAGCAUUCAAGGCCAAGAAUGUGCCUCUGCAUGUGCUUGUGUGUAAUGCAGCAGCUUUCGCUCUACCCUGGAGCCUCACAAAGGAUGGCCUGGAGACCACCUUCCAGGUCAAUCACCUGGGCCACUUCUACCUGGUCCAGCUCCUCCAAGAUGUUUUGUGCCAUUCUGCCCCUGCCCGUGUGGUUGUGGUCUCCUCCGAGUCCCAUCGAUUCACAGAUAUUAAUGAUUCUUCCGGAAAACUUGACUUUAGCCGGCUUUCGCCAUCAAAAAACGACUAUUGGGCCAUGCUGGCAUACAACAGGUCCAAACUCUGUAACAUUCUCUUCUCCAACGAGCUGCACCGCCGCCUUUCCCCUCGGGGUGUUACAUCAAAUGCAGUGCAUCCUGGGAACAUGAUGUACUCCUCCAUCCAUCGCAACUGGUGGGUGUACACACUGCUGUUCACCUUGGCGCGGCCCUUCACCAAGUCCAUGAGAAACUAAUGAGAGAUGGAGACAGAGAAAGUGUGACCUACUUUUUAUUAUCAGCACCAUUUCAUCUGCAAAACACCACUUUUCUCUUCUUAUUACGCUGAGCGUGAAAAUAAAAUGUUUUCCAAAAGACCUGGCUUUGGCUGUCAUGGGGAAGGCCGGGGACACGUUCAAAACGCUGAUGAACUCCAUGAGCAAAUGAUUCCAAUUUUUUAAAACCGCAUUUGACUUCCAAAGUGCUCUCAAUGUCCAUGAAUAACAUGUGGUACUUUUCUACGAAUAUCAGCAGCGAGGUAGGACAAAACUGGCUCCCACACUAGCUGUUUGCUUGAUAUUAAGCUUUGCCAGUCCAAUAUGGGUCACAUUACCAACCAGAUUUUGUGCUUAUCUCUACAUUACACCUUGUAGCAAGGGGGGG